AUGAAUGCUGAAUCAAAUUUCUCACAAAUUGCACCUCCAGUCUUUGAUGGAGAAAGCUACGAUCUUUGGGCUGUCAAAAUGGAAACUUAUCUGGAGGUUCUAGAUCUUUGGGAAGCUGUAGAAGAAGAGUAUGAAGUUCUUCCGCUGCCGGAAAAUCCUACCAUGGCCCAGAUCAAAAUUCACAAGGAGAGAAAAACUAGAAAAGCAAAGGUAAUAGUGCUAGAAAAGUAUGAAGCAUUUAUUGCUUACUUGGAGAACACAAGAGAUUUGUCUAAAAUCACAUUUGCAGAAGUGCUACAUGCAUUCCAAGCCCAAGAGCAACGAAGUUUGAUGAGGAAAGAUCACGCUGUUGAAGAUGUUGGCAAAGACCUGACGGUAAAUGCACCAAGUGCAAUCAACUUGGACAUGAAGUUGUCAUAUGCAAAAACCAAAAUCAACAAAGAGGAAGAAGCUAAGGUUGCUGAUCAGGAGGAGGAGGAAGACCUGUUAUUUGUAGCUACUUGUCACUUGAGCAUUGAAUCAAGUGAAAGUUGGCUGAUAGAUAACGGUUGUACCAACCACAUGACCUUCAACAAGGCUCUUUCCAAAGAUGUAAGGCCAACUGAUGUCACCAAAGCCAGAAUAGGUAAUGGUGAUUAUAUCUCAGUCAAAGGCAAGGGGACAGUCGCAAUUACAAGCUGUGCAGACACAAAGUUUAUUCCCGAUGCUCUUUUUGUUCCUGAAAUUGACCAAAAUUUGUUAAGUGUUGGUGAACUGAUUGAAAGAGAAUUUAGAGUUAUUUUUGAAGACAAAAAUUGCUUGAUUAAAGAUGCAGCUGGUCAAGAUAUGUUCAAGGUAAAAAUGAAAGGUAAAAGCUUUCCUCUAAAACAAUUGAAGGAGGAGCAAACCAUUUUCAAGGAAAAUGUGACAGAAAUCUAG